AUGCGUAGUAUUGUAUUGCUUUUAUUAUUUCCGGGCUUGUUAUUCGCACAGCUGGGCGCUUUUUACUCGUUAUUUGACGAUGCUGAUUAUCCAAGCGACGAGCAGCCACGAUCAAGAGUUGUCUCGCGCGUCGUAAGCUCCCAAAAAGACCCCGAUUACCUGGAUCGACAGCAGCGAAUUGUUACGGAUCUCGGGAAAAUCGUUGGCCAAACAAAUGAUCUAUUCUCAAAACUAAUGGGCGUGAUAAAGGAUGAGGCUACGGCAGAGGUUUCCGACCAGGCAAAAGUAUCUGACGAUUCGGUCAAAGAUAGUAACCGGGAAAGAGGCUCAAACACUGGAUCCUCAACCGUGAAUCGUGUCUUUAACCUCUUCGACACGAUCAGCUCGAUUCCGUUUCGCAAUCGCCGUGUUUCUGGCGAUCACGUCUGUGUGCGCGAGAUCACUAGCCGAUUGACGGCCACGGGAGGGAGGAGAAGUUCUGAGCAUUCGUGUCAAAGAUUCCGGAAGGCCCAGAAAUGCGUGGAGCGCCGCGAAACGCCGAGCGGCGGCCAGGAAACGGCACGAUUGGAGGAAUGUUGUGCCGGAUGGGACACGGAAGAUAUUCUGAGCAACGGAUGCACAAAGAGGGUCGAAAUGGCCUCCCUAGAGGAUCGGAUGCGUCAGCUGAACUAUGAGAGAUCGGAUUACGCCGGGCUUGGAAUGGAGGAGAAGCGUAAUGCGGUCACGUAUUUGUUGCCGAAACGAACCGCGAAUAUGGCGAGAGCGCCAAAGGCCGUCAUCCUGCGUGGAAUCCAAAAAGACUACGACUGGUCGAACGGGGACGAGCUGGAAAGUAUGGAUAAGGGGAAAUAUCAUGUGGAACAAUAUAAUGAAGGCUCACAAGUGAUAACUCAAAUCAACUGCGCGAAGCUGCUGCGCCCCAACAUCGAGGCCGACGGCGCGAUAGUGCAUAUGACUGACGUCGAGCUUCACCCGGCCGAGCACACGCUAUUGAAGAUUCUGGAGGGAGACGCGCGCUUCAAGCAGUUUAAUGGACUGCUCAACGACGAUACUCGGGAGCUUCUCUCUUCACCAGAAAAGAAAUACACCGUUUUCGCUAUCCGGGAUGAGGAUUUCGACAAGAUGUCGGAUAGUGUGAAAGAACAAUUGAAAUUGAAGGGCGGUUGUUUGAAAGAACUCGUCUACUCGCACAUCGUCGAGGGCUCCUACUGCCGAAACAGUCUGCCAAAUCAGUUUUUGGUAUCGCUGGACGGGGCUAGCCACAAAGCGCAAGAAUGGGCCAAGAACGGGACAUCCUAUCUACGAAUCGGUGAUGCGCGACUUGUUGAAGGGGAUUACGUGGCUGAAAACGGAGUUUUGCAUGUGGUUGAUGAUCUGUUGGACGGGGAGCGUCUAUUGACCUGGCGUGAUCACCUAAAGGUGCGAGCCCCAGAAUUUGUCAAUGCGCUUUCGGACUUGCCGAUCGACGGGCCGGUGACGAUUUUUGUGCCGCCGACCGAAUCGUUAAACAGCUCGAAAUUUGACCCUAAAAGCUCGAUAAUCACCGGAAAAACGUUGGAUUUAUCAGAGAGCGGCAUCGCGUCGGUGCACGACGGCAAGAAGGUAUUUUACGGCAAGCCGACACGCCAUGUCUCGCCAAUUUCGAUGAGAAUUUCGCUCGGACACUCGCCGCGCAGCUCCUUCAGGGUCGGAUGCAGUGAGGUACUUCAUGCACCGAUCCACUCCUGCAACGCCGCCAUUUAUUUCGUCAACAAGCCGAUUCAAGCCUCUUCUCAAAGUCUCCUCGAAUACCUCAGCGGCAGGAAGGAUUUGAGCAAAUUUUUGGAGCUCAUUGAACGCUCGGGGACCGACACGUUAUUACGAGGGCAUAAAUCAAUUCUUACAAUUUUUGCCCCGACAAAUGACGCGUUUUCGAAUAACGAAUUUCGGCGACUAUCUGCCAACACGACGCUGAGCGCGCACUUUGUGAAAAGAUAUAUGGUGGAUGAGCCGCUUUGUAGGUCUGAUCUCGCGCACGAUCCCUCAGAAAUCAAGGUGGAAAUGUAUGAAAAUCUGGAGGGCGAGGGCCUGACCGCCGAGGGUGAUGAUGAUCAUCUAAGCAUCGACGGGAUUGCCGUUUUGGAGCCGGAGAUCGUGCUCUCCGAUGCGAUUGUGUACAUUUUGGAGGGGACACUUCCGCCGAAAAACCGACGGCCGAUUGGGCGAUUCCCGGCGGGUGGUCUCCCAUUGAGUUUGCUGAACAUUUUUGGCAGU